AUGGCGCGGGCGAAAGGGCUCCACUCUGUUACCUGGGAGUAUAUCAAAAUAAACUUACCCGCGAAAAACAAACCGGAAACAACAACCUAUUUGUCAGGUGACGCUGGCUGGACCGAUCCGUCGAUCCGCCGAAAAAAGCCCACCACCGAAACGCGGUUAUCAUCGGGUGGGGCGAACCUUGGGAAAUCUGAGGAAAUCGAAUCGGACGAUGGUGAAAUCUUCCUUUCUCACUCCCCUUCCUGUCCGUUUGACCUCUCCAAGCCCUCCUGGGAGCUCAAAUUCUGCAUCCCCAUGGCUUCUACCACGAAACCUGUCAUCCCGCCGGUGGCGCUGGACACGAUUACCCAGCACAUCGGCAACACCCCUCUGGUGCGACUAAACCGCCUGCCUCGCAGCCUGGGGAUCGAGGCCACUGUCUAUGCGAAGCUGGAAUACUUCAAUGCUGGUGGUAGUGUCAAGGACCGUAUUGCGCUCCGUAUGAUUGAGGAGGCUGAGCGAUCGGGCCGCAUCAAGCCUGGUGAUACUCUGAUUGAGCCCACCAGUGGCAACACUGGUAUUGGACUGGCUCUAGUUGGCGCUGUCAAGGGCUACAAGACCAUCAUCACGCUCCCAGAGAAGAUGUCGGCAGAGAAGGUUGCCGUCCUCCGUGCCCUGAAUGCGACCAUCAUCCGUACUCCCAACGAAGCUGCCUAUGACUCCCCCGAGUCUCACAUUGGUGUCGCGAAACGUCUGCAGAAGGAGUUGCCCAAUGCCCACAUCCUGGAUCAGUACGGCAACGAGAAUAACCCUAACGCCCACGAGUUUGGAACCGCUCAAGAAAUCUGGACCCAGACCAAUGGCGAGAUUAAUGCCAUCGUGGCCGGUGCAGGCACUGGAGGUACAAUUACCGGUAUUGCCCGUGGCCUCAAGAAACACAACCCCAAUGUGGAAGUGAUCGCGGCCGACCCCCAUGGCUCCAUCCUCGCCUUGCCCGAGUCGUUGAAUGAGGCCCACGUCAAUGAGCCCUACAAGGUCGAGGGUAUUGGUUAUGAUUUCAUUCCCGAUGUGCUGGACCAGAAGAUUGUGGACCGUUGGUAUAAGACUGCCGACAAGGAAUCUUUCCAGUACUCGCGUCGUCUGAUCGCUGAGGAAGGUCUUCUUGUUGGUGGUAGCAGUGGAAGUGCUGUCGCGGCUUUGGUUAAAGCCAACGAGGAACGCAAGUUCGCUCCAGACGAUGUCGUUGUUGUUGUUCUCCCGGAUAGCAUCCGUAGUUACCUCUCGAAGUUUGCCGACGAUGAUUGGCUGGCAGCCAACGAUCUUCUGCCUGCGCUUCCCACCCCUGCUGCUCAAGCACAACAGGCUCCUGCUUCAACCGACCCUUUGGCUGGAGCGAAAGUCAGCGCUCUUCGCUUGAAGCCGAUAACCACUGUUACUGCAAGCUUUGCCUGUGAAGCCGCCAUCGAAAUCAUGCGUGACAAGGGCUUUGAUCAGCUGCCUGUCCUUGCAUCGUCUGGGCGGAGACUUGUCGGUCUUGUUACCCUGGGUCACGUCCUCAGUCGACUGACUCACGGCCGUGCCACUGGAAAAACUCCGGUUUCCGAGGUCAUGUUCGACUUCUCCAAGAUUCCGGAGGUAGUGACUGACCCUCGCGACCUGGGCGCAAGCCGCAUUGCGGGCAAUAGCCAAACCAAGCGCCGCCAGUUUAUGGAAAUCACCAUGGAUACCCCUCUCAGCGUUUUGAACCGCUUCUUCGAGUGGAACAGCGCUGCUGUUGUGACAGAGAAGGAUGAGACUGGUGCCAUGAAGCCGUUGGCCGUUGUGACCAAGGUGGACCUGCUCACCUGGAUGCUUCAUAAUGGCAAGGCGAAUGGUGCUUGA